GUUACGUCGGCGUGGCCUGAUCGACUCGUCUGAGGAACGCUGGGAUUCGAACUCGCGACCCGCUGAACAGAAGCGCGGCUCUCUCCGGUGGGAGGGAGAGAGAGAGUCGGGAGGAGGAAACGCCGCGGAGUGACAUUAGCACGACACACAACAGCCUGGUUUAUUUUAUUUCUUCUGCGCGUCAUGUUCCGGAGCAUCCACCGCGGGGAGGCGAUGAGAAGCGGACCGCCCGGCUGCUUUCCCCUCCGUCCGCCUCCAGCCUGCCCGGCUCAGUGAGCUGCUCCCUGCCGCACAAAACCUGCGCCUCCAGGUAGAUUCCGGCGGGAUUUUCAUACAAGCGACGCUUCUAAUCAAGGGUCCAGCAACAACUCCUCCCCCCCACCUGGAARCAUGAGGACCACGGAGGAGAGCGAGGUCUUUGACGGCGAGGCCUCCAACACCUCCAUGAUCUCCGGGGCCAGCAGCCCGUACCAGCCCACCACCGAGCCCGUCCACCCGCGGAACGUUCUGGGGGGGAUAAGGUGCGACCUGGAGUACCUCAGGUCGCACUUUGGGAUUUUAAAAGUGGUCGAAGUGGUCCUGUCGCUCAUCAGUUUCAUCUGCAUCGAGACCAUCAUGAUGUGCUCCCCCUGUGGAGGGGUCUACUUCUUCGAGUUCGUCAGCUGCAGUGCCUUCGUGGUGACGGGAGUCCUCCUCCUCUUCUUCGGCCUCAAUCUCCACAUCAAYGUCCCCCAGAUUAACUGGAGCAUCACGGACUUGGUCAACACGGCUGCCAGCACCUUCUUCUUCUUCUUGUCGUCCCUGGUGCUGGCCUGCAUCAAUCACAACACGGGAGCUGAAAUCGCAGCAGUGAUCUUCGGCUUUCUGGUGACAAGUGUUUACGGCCUGAACACCUUCCUGGCAGUGCGGCGGUGGCGCCGGGGCAACGGGUGUCAGGGGGCGGCUCAGAGCAGCGAGUACACCCGAGCACGCACGGCGUCCCGCGGGGAGAUGGAGGCCCGACCCGAGCUGGCGUGAGAGCCGAGCCGGCAGCUGACUGAGAGGGAUGAGACUCCGCCCCCUUUAAAGCAGCGACGGGGUUUACGAUUUCUGCAGCUCCGCUGUUUAAUUAUUACUCAUUUCAUGGCUGGAGAUGAACUUUGGCUUUUUUACAGCAGUCACCGAGGCUUCUCCUCACACAAACACUCCUGAGUGAACGUCUGGGGCAGCGCUGACAGAGCUGCAGCUUCACGCCGUCAGGUCCUGUUCUGAAGGACGUGUUGACUUGUUUUUACUCCACCAGUGAAGUUGAGUUUUAAACAGAAGGUUUGUACAGUUUGCUUUCCACUGAUGACCUUUGGUAAAUAAAAUAAAAUAAAAUAAAACAAAAUAAAAUAAAAAUGUGAUUGUGGACCAGGAGUCCUCCGGACCAGAAACCUGCAGUUCAACACAAAGUUCCAUCACUUGUUUGUUUUGAAGGCCAGUAGUAAAAUCAUCUUUAGAGAGUGAGAUUUCCAAUGUUUUUAUUAACUUAACAAGUGAUUUUUUUUUAACCUUAAAACAAAGACUUUAGUUGCCAGCAGAGGCUAAAGAUGGAUUGAUGGAUUUAAGGUGUAAUAUGACCCACAUCUGUUAAAGCUCAGGUUGUGCACUAAUUAAACGAAGGUUUUUAGAGCGAUUUCACUUUCAUGCUUUUGUUUUUAAAUCAACUAUAUGGGACCGUGUUUGCUUAUUUGAUUGCAAACACUCAACAGACCUUUUAAAAUGUUUUAUUGUUAACACUUGAAUUGUCAAAAACAAAACUGUUCCGUGUCGGUAAUUGGAAACAGUCGGCGUCAAAUAAGUGUUUUCAUCCCUUUGCACAUAUCCGAGGCUGAAAAUGACUUUAGCAGAGCAGCACCCUCUGCCUGGAACUCUCAUCUCAGGUGUGGACCCCCACUCCCCCACCCCCGUUUUUUUUUUUUUAGAAAACAUCAGAAAUAAAGUCACCGGGUGCCUCAACCUGCAUUUCACUCCACAUCUGUUUUAAAGCUCAACCAUGCAAAGAACCAAAGUAAGGUUGUUUAAAUGUUUUUGGUUUGGCCAAUGGACAUGUGGUAUUUUGACAAAAAGCUUUA